GGAAGUGCAUAACUGGCUCUUUGUCUGCUUUGUUUGGUUUUUAUGGACAUCAGAGAUGAACUAAGAGGUCUGCUGAUUGUCAGGAACAAGCAGGCGUGGCUUUCUAACGGGCGAGAUACCUAGCUAGCCAAUUAAAGAAAAUUUAAAUAAGCUGCUGUAUCUGAAAUAACUAAUAUUUCAUAAAACUCUAUGUACCGUUUAGGGAUUCUUCGUGUCAAUACGUAAUUGAAUCCCCCUAUGACAUGGAUAGCGUCAUGUUUUAGGCGUGUCGUUUCUGUGUGUAUUAUAAACCUCUGUCCAGGUGCGCGCUUCCUCUUUCCAUGGCCGUGGGCUGAUGUGCACAUCAUGCGGCACCAAUUGCUGCUCCUCGGGGCUUGUGGCUGGGUCCUGGUCGUCCUCAUGUUUGUCAGUAAAUUCAUCAGCUUAAAAACUGUUGAAGGUUACAGGAAGACACCUGGACAAAGUUGGACAGUGGGAGAUACAAAGGUGUUGAAAGCAGCUUCUGUGCUGAGCCCGAUAAAACAUACUCAGACGCCAUCACAUCAGCGCUCGGUAUCGCUCACGGUGGCGAAUUGGCAGGAAGUGUCUGAGAAACGAAUAGAGCAUCUAUCAGCUGUGUGUAAGAACAGCAGCCUGAGAAAUUUGACUCAUGUCUCUAUCAGCAAGUUUGUCCUCGACCGUAUCUUUGUCUGUGACAAACGCAACAUCUUGUUCUGCCAGACGCCUAAAGUGGGUAACACACAAUGGAAGAAGGUCCUCAUUGUGCUCAAUGGAGGUUUUUCCAGCGUGGAGGAGAUUCCAGAAAAUCUCGUUCACGACCACGAGAAAAAUGGUCUGCCCCGCCUCUCAUCAUUCUCCCCACAGGAAAUAACUCAAAGAUUAAACGCUUACUUUAAGUUCUUCAUCGUGAGAGACCCCUUCGAACGUCUCAUUUCUGCAUUCAAGGACAAGUUUGUGAAGAACCCCCGCUUCGAGCCUUGGUACAAGCACGACAUCGCCCCGGCCAUCAUACGUAAGUACCGCAGAAUCCACCGCGACAGCGACCUCGCCACCUCCGGUCUGCACUUUGAGGACUUCGUCCGUUACCUAGGAGACGCUGAGGGCCGGCGGCGAAUGGACCGGCAGUUCGGCGAACACAUUAUCCACUGGGUAACAUACACGGAGCUGUGUGCGCCGUGUGAGAUAAACUACAGCGUGGUCGGGCACCACGAGACUCUGGAGCACGACGCAGCGUACAUCCUGAGAGCGGCCGGCAUCGACCAGCUGGUGUCGUAUCCGGCCAUUCCUCCGGGCAUCACCCGCUACAACAGGACCAAGGUGGAGAACUACUUCUCAGGGAUCAGCAAACGGGACAUCAGGCGUCUUUAUGCACGAUAUCACGGCGACUUCCAACUGUUUGGUUACCCGACUCCAGAGUUUUUACUGAACUGAAUCGUUUAGCACAGAUAAAAAACUGAAAUGCAGCAUCCUGUGUGUCACAGGAACAGCUGACUUUAAAAGUUAAUCCCUGCUUUUAUUCUCAUGGUUUCCCCUAAGAUCAGUGUAUUUAUUUAGGAGUUUUUUUGGGCACAGACGUUGGGGGGAGGUGUAUAAUAAUCCAAAGCAGGUAUAAAUCAAAUGAAGAACACAUUUACCCUCUUAUAGUUAAUACCCCUGCCUGAGAUCUUAUCAUCUGUGAUACAGGCCUAUAGCUCUGUCAAUGUAGCUGUGUUAUUGCACUUUCUGGAACACCAGGUUCAGGGAUUCGUCCUGUAGGUGGGAGUUACUGAUGAUGCUGCAGGUGCAUCUUCAUAAAUUUGAAUAUCAUUGGAAACGUUUACCGCGACCCACUAUGGAAUAAGCGGUAGAAAAUGACUGACUGACUGAAAACGUUUACUUGAGUAGUUCAGUUCAACCUUGUGUACCAUAAAGGUUAAUUACACACAGAGGUAGUUUUUUUUUGUAAUAUAUUUAAACUUCUUAAUGAUAUAAAAUGUUUUCAGAUGCACCUGUGCAGCUGUGUGACUGAAGCUGCUCUUUGAAGAACAAGCGAAGGACAAACUGAGGUUUUUAUGACUUCUCGCGCAGCAUUAACUUUUUACAUUUUUAUAAUGAUGUUUCCUUCUACCAAGACAAAUGAAUGUCUUGUAAAACAGAAACUUAUGGUCAUAUUGUUGCAGUAACGGCCUGAAAAGCUGACUACCAUUGUUCUGCUGCUGCAAAGAAAAACCGACACUGGAUUUUCAAAGCUCUUUUUUUCUACAAGAAGUGUAACACUUAAAUGUUCUUAACAUGACUUGCAAUUAAACAUUUGUAUUAAAUGUUACUAUUGAUGAUAUUAACUUGGUGACUGGGGUUGGCUCCCUGUGGGUGGGUGUGUUUUAUAGACUGCAUUUAAAUAAAGACGUGUGUAAAAUA